AGAAGGAGAAAAUAAGAAAAAGAAAAAGACUGAAGGAAUCGGAAUUACGAUGGUCCAUUGAGCAAAGUCCCUAAACGAUGAUCGUACUCUGCCUAUUCCAGAGUGCACAUAUGUGUAUGCAUGACGUACGCGACAGUCGUAUACUUCAAAAAGAUGGAUUUUCUCUCGUAUCAGCUCGAUUAAAAGAUCUCACCGAAGGUUUACCUUCGUAAAGAGAAAGAACGAGUUCGCGUAGACUCGAACUCAGCGACGAGAGGAAACGUUAGGCGAAUUGCAGAUUCGAUCGUUACUCAAAAAAGUGUGAAAGUGUGCGUCGCGAUCGGAUCUGCCAUGAUAGAUCCGAACGCGUCUUCGCGGCGCCCGAAAAUAGUCGAGAAUCAUUGGGAAAAUGCGUGAAUACUGUUAUAAGGAGCGUUCCUUCGUGUAAAAGUCCGGAUUGCAGAAUGGUGGUAGAUUGCUUGUCAAUCCAAGGCUCAGCAGCUGCAGCAAGGAAGCAGGAGCGAAGGCUAGGUGGAUCUGUUGGUGCAAAAAUGCAAUCAAAUGCCCUUAAUAGCGGGGGUGGAGGUGGAGGUGGAAUGACACCAAAAGAACUUUCAGAUAACGAUGACCUAGCUACUUCCCUCGUGCUAGAUCCAUAUUUAGGAUUUACCACUCACAAAAUGAAUAUAAGAUACAGGCCACCUAAAGCAAAUAAGGAAGACUUGCGCAAAAUUAUUUGUGAAUUUAUCCAAACUCAAAAUUACGAAAAGGCAUAUAAAAAACUUAUGGGUGGGGAUUGGGGGGCAAGACUUCCACACACUAAAUCUAAACAGCAACAGAUCAAUUUGGAAAAACAUAUUUAUCGGUAUUUGAGAGUUUUCGAUAAGGAUUCUGGAUUUGCCAUCGAACCGUGUUAUAGAUAUAGUUUAGAAGAGCAAAAAGGAGCAAAAAUAUGUGCUACUCGUAAAUGGUUAAAGCAUGAAAAAAUAUCUUGUCUUGUUGGUUGUAUCGCAGAACUUAGUGAAAAGGAAGAAGCUGCUCUGCUCCACCCGGGAAAAAAUGAUUUUUCAGUGAUGUACAGUUGCAGAAAAAAUUGCGCACAAUUGUGGUUAGGUCCUGCUGCAUAUAUAAAUCAUGAUUGCAGAGCCAAUUGCAAAUUUGUAGCCACUGGUCGAGAUACUGCGUGCGUCAAGGUAUUACGAGAUAUCGAAAUAGGUGAGGAAAUAACUUGUUUCUACGCGGAAGAUUUCUUUGGAGAUGGAAAUUGUUAUUGCGAAUGUGAAACGUGCGAAAGAAGAGGAACUGGAGCAUUUGCCAGCCAGAAACCUGGAGAAGAACUUUCUUCUGGAUACCGCUUGAGAGAAACAGAUAACCGCAUCAAUAGAACAAAACAUCGACAGCAACCAUUGGGUAGAAACAAACAACAAGCUGAUGGUGCUUUAACUGAAAAAAAUGCAGUCCUUGUUGACAAUGCAGCUAUUGCACCGCAAUCUCUUAGUAUGAAGGAAUUGCGACGCAAAGGACUUACAAAGUAUGACGCGGAACUUUUGAUUGCGCAAGGCUGUAGAUUUUCAGAUAUUGCUCAACAGCAGUCGUCAAUAAAUAAUGGAGAAAAUGUCUUGCAAACUUCUCGACCUCAUCCUUAUACCAGUACUAAUUCUGUGACAAGAAAUCUUAGGAACAAAGUUCAACACAACAAAUGCGAAAAUAACAGCAAUGAAAGAAAUGUAAAAACUGGUCAAAGUCUUAGAGCUUCCAGGCUUCAAAAGAGAACAGAGUCUAAGAGAUCAAAGAAUAAUGAAAAAACUGAGUCCACUUGUUUGGAUGUACCUAUAGAAAAAACUUCUACAGAAUCAAGUGAUCAUAAAGAAGAACUGGAUAGAACAAUAGUAGAUAAAGAAACCGUAUAUUCGAGAGUGCCGAAACAUCAUGUUCAUAAUACAUCAUCUUCGUCUCCGAAUUUUGAGACUGAUCUUCGAAAUUCAAUUCGCAAUGCGUCAAAGCAAUUAACUUCCUCUGCCUUUCAGAAAGAAUGUUCUGUUAGAUUAAUUGUUGGAAAUACGAGACAUACGAAUGACGAUAACGUAGAAGAGAAAGAAAUACCUAAGCUUGCGGUAGAAGUUGAUCCAAAUAUUAUAAAUAAUAUUGACACUUUCAGUUAUAAAAAAAGACAUUAUAGUACAAAUUCCUGUGAUUCAGUUCAAGUAAGUUCCACAUCCCUGCCUCAUGUUGAUCAUAUAAGUGCCACAAAUAAUCAUGAACCAGCUUUACAAAAUACAAAUACAUCUAACACUUUUUGCUGCACUUUAGCGAAUACGCAAAAUGUUAAUGAAAAAGGCAACCUCUGUGAAACAUCUGAAAAAAUAUCUAAUAAUUGUAUUAAUAAGUUAACAAAAUGUUCCAAAUCAGUGUUAGUAGAUGAUGUGAAAGAUGAUAGUAAUGUUGUAUAUAAUGAAUUUCCUCAGGAGCUCAAUUGUUAUAAUUCAGCGAUAUAUAGAAAAAUUCCUCGGAAUACUGAUUUUCGAGAAUCCAAUAGAACACCUUCUAUUCCGUGUGAAAUCAGAUCUGAUGAUGAGUGUCACAAAAUGGAUACUGCAAGUAUAAUAAUAGUGGAUAAAUGUGAUAGAGUGAAAGAAAAGGUGGAAAAUCUUGUGAGUGAUCCAGCGAAUACUUCUGUUACUGUUGGAUUUUGUGAACUUGAUACUGUUAAAGAUACUACCAAUAUAAAGAGUGAUUGUGAAAGUGUUCAAAUGUCUUGUAAUGCAAUUUUGGAUCAUACAAAUGAGGUUGAUCCAAAAGGCAAUAUGUAUUUUAAAAAUAUUAAAAACAAAGUGGAUAUUAAACCUGAAGACUGUGAAAUACCUGAAGUCAGUACAACAGACAGUGAAUCUAAACUUCUAAUGGCAAAAGAAAUUAGCACAAACUUAAGUAGAAUUGAAGAAAAUGACUGCAAUGCGAGUGUUAAUGAUACAAAUUCUGAGGAUAGUUGUAGUUUUACAAUGAAAAGAUCCACGCAUCAACAGAAGGAGAUAACAGACAUGCCGCUAAAAUCACGGAAGAGUCAGAAAAGUACAAAACGUUCUCCAAAAUCUCGAUUCAAUGAUAUUGUAACUGUUUCACAAUGUCGUACGGAAGAUAGUGCAAAUACAGUGGUAGCAAAGAAUUGUGCUAAAACGGAAAAGGAAAAAAGUAGACUGACAAGGAGUCAAAGGAGGGAUCAGCAAAGACCACAGACUUCUGAAAUUGGAGUAGCGGAUGAUGAUUCAGGCAUACAGGGUGAUAUAUAUGAAUUUAGUGAAAAGGAAAGUAACUUGGAGGAUAUUGGUAUACCAUCAAUAAUACGACGCGGUAAAUGUGAAAAUCGUCAUAUAUCUGGAGUUUCGUCGCAUUUACAAGAAGUACAGUGUAAUAACGAAUAUAAUAAAACUGAUCCUCCGAUAUUGAUGCCUGAAGAGCCAUGGCCCCCAUCUAGUAGUCUGAGUCAUACGACAGAAACAGAUAUCAGUAGCCAAUCAAGAGAAAACUCUGUUGAUGUUGGUGAGAGUUUGAAAAGAUUGACUGUUUGCAACAAUGGUAGUAUAGAAAAAAGAUCAACGUUAUCUGAGUGUCAAUGGCAGACUGAUAGUAGUAAUUGUCGAGUUUGUCCUACAACUCCUGAAAGAACUGGUGGUAGAUUAAAACUUACAUUACGUAUGAAACGUUCUCCAGUUUUAGAUGAUAUUGUAGAAUCAGGUACUAGUCUAAGUGAAGACAGUUAUGAGCCUGAAUACGAAGUAUUACGCGUUGAAGGAGUGGAAAGAAGUAAACGUCGGAAGAAACAUAAAACUCGGGAUCGAGAAAGACGGCACAAGAAACGCGAGUUAAAUCUUGAUCCGCCUCCGCCACCUAUGAAAAGAUUAAGAUUAAUUUUUGGAAAUGAAACACACACUAUUGAUCUGCCACAUUCUUAACAGCUAUAAAAUUCAUUGUGUAUACACUAUCAUUGAUUAUACAGACUAUUAUUAUGAUUAUAAUUACGCACGAAAGUUUAAGCCUCCUUGUCCUUUAAGACUUAAUGACUAUUGUUUACGAUUUAUUAUUAACAAAGGAGAAAAUGAUCUAUUAGUAUUGUCACAAUUAUACCCAUAUUUCCAAUUUUCCUUAACUCCCUAAUUUAUUCCUUGUUCUUUUAAAUUAAAAUGUACUUAUUCCUAUAACAACGAAUAGCUAAAGGCCUAGUAAUGUUCUCCAGAUAUGGUUAUAAAUUGAACAAGAUAUGAUGUUGUUUUUAUAUAAACAAAAGAAAUAUCUAUAAAUUCCAUAUGUGAAAAAAAAAUUGGCAAAUUAUAUCAGAUCGUAAGAUUAGUCCAUAAUACAUAGAUAUUGGUGCAAAAUAGUUUCAUAUAAGUACAUAAAGAUAUUACACAAAUAAAAUGACUUGCUAAUAAAAGUGAUCGUAAUCUAGAUAAAGCAAUUUUUUUUUUUUUUUUUUUACUUCUAUUAUGUCGAUUAGUAAACGAAAUAUUAAUAGACAUAUAUCUGAAAAACUUUACUCUCUUCCAACUUUGAUGUUUUGUGAUAAAACAUUAAAAAAAUAUACAUUUUAGUGGCAAUUUGAAACAUAAAUUAAUAAAAUUAAUGAAUCAAAUCGAAAAAUUUUUCUCAUGCAGAAUUUAUAUAAUAUUAAUUCUUUUUUAAUGGUGAAAAACUGAUUAAGUAGGACAAGGUAUACUACACACUGUGUCUUUGUGUGUUACUGCAGGCAACACUGAUAAAAAAGGAGGAUCCAUACACUUAUACUAUGUAUAAUAAUUAAUACUAAAUAAUUGAAUUGGCUAAAUAAUAGCUAGUAUGUAAUAAUUAUUAUUCCCAAAUGCGUGAUCGAAUGUCAUGAUAACAUUGUAAAUAAUACUUAUAUUAUAUAUAAAUAUGUGUGUACGUUGGUGCCUAUUGAAAACUAUGUACACACAUAUUUGUGUGUAAAAAGAAUUCAUACUUGUAUUCUGUAUCUGGAUGUACUACAAUGCCUUGAUACAAAUUAAUGUCAAAGAAAAGCAUUGCACAUACCAGGGUAUACUGAAUGCUAUCAUUAAAAUUAUUAUGAAGAAGUAUUACAAGAAAAUUUAGUUAGUGACGCAGGCUAUGAAAUGCUUACUUGAAUAUCCAGAUUCUUUUGAUGAUUACAAGCAGUCGUUAUAAUAUACCUUUCGAAUAUUACAUUUUCUGUUAUAUUUAUCGGUAUAACGUGACGUGAUCACUUGAAUUUAUAUGUUAUAAUCGAAAUUGCUAACAUAGCACUAAUAGUAAAAGGCUGUUAUGUUUAUUGACAAAUUACAGCCUAUUUAAAACAUUUUAAAAUUCAUUAAAUAGCAAAAAAAUUAUGCACAUACUUUUGGUGUGAGCAUAUGCUAUUGUACAUAAAAUUGUAAUGUUUUAUUGAGAUAUUUACCAGAUAAAGGUUCUUAUUUCAAUUAUAUUUUACGUGGUAUAAUGAAUAAGUUUAUUAUCUAAAUGGGCCGUUACUUGUAAUAUAAGUACUAUUUGGAUCUGUAUUAUAUAUGUUAUUUAAUAAUUAGGUGUAUAUUUGCUUAUUAUUUAGGAACUAACGCUUAUGGCAAAUUAUAAGGGGAAUUACAAGUGACAGAUUCUAUAUCACUGCAAUUGCAAUAAAAAUAUCUUCAUAAUAAUAAAUAACAAAGUAAGCAGCGAUGACACCAACAGAAAAAAUAUUGAAAAUUCCAACAAAAAUAUUUAUGAGUUAUAAUUGCAUAAAACUUGUUUCAGUUCGCAUGUAAUAUGAUUUAGACAGUGCUUUUUUUUACUAUAAAUACUUAUGAAUUAACAUAGUGACAUAUAUAUAAAUAAAUACAAAAUAAUAUGACAGAAGUUAAACUCUAAUAGUUAAUAUGUAAAAAAUUAUAUCUAUUUUUGUGCCUCUUUUCUGCAUGGCUAUGGUACAAAAUGCAAUGAAAACAAGCAAUCAUUAAUAUAUUUUUAUGUGUUUCGUAUCAAUAAUUUUUGUGAUAAAAGCAAUGUAAAUAUUAUCAAAUAAUACUAAAUAUUUUUCUUAGUUUUCUCUUUCUUUGGAGAAUAUUUAAGUCAACAAAAUAUGAGUAUUGCCUCCUCGAUAUAUUAUUCCAAUGUCUCAUGAAAACAGGUAAUGGGUACAAUAGGACAACUUAACAAUACAUAAUUAAAAGUAAUUUUAUAACAAAUUAUUUACCAACAAGUUCAAUAUUUUAUUUACAUGCAAGAAUCAAUGAUUUACAUGUAACUCUUAUAUUCUAUAGAUAGGCACUUAUUAAAUUAUAUAAAGUAGUGAAUGAAAUUAACAAAGAAGCAUGUAAAAUUGAAAAAGUAAACAAAAUGGAUUUUAUCAGAUUAAAGUUUUUACUUGUUAAGAUCCUUUUCUUUUUUUCUAAAAUUGAAAAGUACAUAAACAAUGUUUACUUUAUAUUUAUUUCAAUACUCUGUGAAUUUUAUAGAAUUUUAUUAAAAUUUUUUAUAUAAUAACGUUAAUCGUUAUAUGCAUUGAUUAUCUCAAAUAUAAUCUAAACGUAACGGCCCAUUUUGUCUAAGCUUCGAUGAUGAAAGAAAAAGACUCAUAUGACAAUAGAAGAUUAUAAAAUUGUGGUUCUUCAUGUAGUUUGAAUAACGUAUUUUCGAUGGAUUUGCACGAUGAAGAAAAUACUACGUCCAUAUUUUGAAUGCGUUAAAAUAUGUAUUAUCGAACAAGAAAAUUGAGAAGAAAUGAUACGUGCGAGUAAAUUUUCAAAAUUAAACCUAUCUCAUAACUAUUAAACCCAUAAAUAUGUAGCUUUCAUUGUCGGCAGAAUUUACAUCACUGCCACUAAAAAAAUUCUUUUUUAGCACAUACGAGACUGCGGAGUGCAAUGUCGUUAUAAUUAUUAUAAUAAUUAUAGACGAGUUUUACGUAUGACAUUAGGGGAAAAAAAUAUUCUUGAAUAUUCAUCGGAGUAAUUCAACAUAUUUUCAUCUUCAUCUGUACAUUAUAAUUGUAUUGUUGUCUUUGUUGAGCAAUUCGACAAAUGAUUUAUGAAAAAAAAUAUAUAUAUAAAAUGUAUAUUAUCACAUUAUUAUUUUCUAUGAUUUAAGAUAUAGUAAUAAAUCAAUCACAUAACGCAAUA